CGGAAGGCAUGGAGGCGGCUGCCAAGUUCCAGCCCAGCGAGCACCAACACCUGCGCUACAACCCUCUUCGUGAGGACUGGGUGCUGGUCUCUGCCCACCGCAUGCGGCGCCCCUGGCAAGGGCAGGUGGAGAAGCCCCCCGAGGAGGAGCCCCCUCGCCAUGACCCGGCCAACCCUUUGUGUCCUGGGGCCACGCGGGCAAACAGCAAGGUAAAUCCUCACUAUGAGAGCACAUUCGUCUUUGACAAUGAUUUCCCUGCAUUGCAACCAGAUGCUCCGGAACCUGAGCCCGACGAACAUCCCUUGUUGCGUUCAGCGUCAGCGCGAGGCGUGUGCAAAGUCAUGUGCUUCCAUCCUUGGACUGACCUGACUCUGCCCCUCAUGUCUCUUGCUGAGAUCCGCCGGGUGAUUGACAAGUGGGUGGAGAUAGCGGUCGAGUUGGGUGCCUCUUACACCUGGGUGCAGAUCUGGGCUAGUAACUUCCUGCCCAACGAAGCCUCGCUGGAGGACAAGUCCCAGCGGAAGUACUACCAGGACAAUGCUGCCCCCAUGCUGCUGGACUAUGCCCGGCUGGAGGCCGAGCGGAAGGAACGGGUGGUGGUGGAAAAUGCGGACUGGCUGGUGGUGGUGCCCUACUGGGCCGUGUGGCCCUUCCAGACCCUCCUGCUCCCUCGGAGACACGUCUGCCGGCUGGAGGAGCUGCGGGAGGGCGAGAGAGACAGCCUGGCCUCCAUCAUGAAGAGGCUUCUCACCCGAUAUGACAAUCUCUUCCAGGUUUCCUUCCCUUACUCCAUGGGUUGGCAUGGGGCCCCCACGGGGCCGUACCUGGAGGCCGACUGCAGGCACUGGCAGCUCCACGCCCACUACUACCCUCCUCUGCUGCGCUCCGCCACCGUCCGUAAAUUCAUGGUGGGCUACGAGAUGCUGGCUCAGGCGCAGAGGGACCUGACCCCGGAGCAGGCCGCAGAACGUCUGAGGAAGCUCCCUGAGCACCAUUACAAGCUGGAGGCCAAGGAGGCCCCCUAAGGCAGGCGGUGGCUCUGUUGGUGCCUGAGGCAGAGGGAGAACCCGAAGAGAGCCUGGAGGAGAACCACCCCAGAGGCAGAGGAAGAGGGGCCUGUCCUUGGGGGCGGCUGAGAACUUUCCUCAGGAACUGCCUGACUCUGGCUGCCUGGCUCCAUUAAGACGGUGAUGCUGGCAACCAGUUAAGCCAGGACGUCUCCCCUUCUCAAAAGCCCUCUGCGGAACCGGAGGCUCCGUGCCCUGAGUGCCCGCAAGAGGCGAGACCUUUCCUCAGAGAAGGGGGCUGUGAGGGCACUUCCCCAGCACCACCGAGUCUCUACUGCUCCUCGUGAGGAUGGGCGGCCGUGUUUCUUUCCUGCUCUGCCCAGGUCCUGGCACUAUUAAAUCAGGAUAUUUCGCGGUGAGGCUGGGCUGUUUCUUUCUUUUUUUCUUUAACUCUC